CAUGUCCUUGGGCAGGUAGCCUAGUACUUACCUAUGAUUCAUAGGCUAUGAACCUAUAACUAAAUAAAGACCUACAUUUGAAUUCCAGACUUCAUAUCCUACCCUGGGUAUGGUUGUGUGUGUGUGUGCGUGCGCGCAUUACGAAUACCCACUUUUACCUGUUCAGCACCACUUUAAGUAACAAAGAAGCCCGAGUACACUUGUAUCUAAUUAAACUGCUGGGAGCCACGGUGGAAUGCGCUGGUCCACCCCACACUUCCACUGCCACAGGCUCACUUUCUUCUUAUUAAACGCUGCGGCGAACACGGUGACGUCACAGGGCGCCCAGCAAUAUUUCUUUAUAUUCUCUUAAGUGCUUCUACUGACGCUAUCGAUGCUGUCUUAGGGAACUUCAAGCAAAGCAAAUAAACAUGCAGGUGAUCCGAGGAAACAAUAAAACACUCACGUUCGAGCAAGUAAAUGAAUCAGAAGCUUUCGGUGUCUGCAUGUAACUAAAGACCCGCAGGUCAGGCUCUGCAGGACCGCUGAACACUUGUCUUCAGGAACCAGGAACUGAUCAUCCCUCCCAGCGUGUGUCCUAAAUGCAUGUCUCAAAAGCUACGAGUCCCCUCGCUGGGAGGAGAAAUGCCAGCAAGAUUGUUCAUUACAAAUGAAUUGAGCUUUCAUUACUAACAGAGCAUAGUGCACGGUGUGUAUGAAAGGCUAUUUCUUGGCAAAGGCGCUGAAGCAGAAAACAGGAGAUGACAGUUCACCUGCAGAUCCUAGCUGAAUGUGAAGUAACUUGGCCGUUUAGCUAUGGUUGCUGGUCGCCCUUAUAAGGUCCAAGUUUUUUUCUAUCUUCUUCCCAUAUGGAUUUGGAAAUUAAAGCGUUGAGGUCCCAGAACCAGGUGGCGGGCUGCGCCGUCUUUGUGAAUUUACGAAUUUUCGCAUUUCCUUUAUGCCAACUUCUGAGUUGUCACCACCAAUGCACAAAAUAUCCAAUUUCGCUACACAGAUGUCCCACACACUUUUGGAGAAAAACCUUGUGAGACUGGAAAGGGGAAAAAUGCAACCUUUCAAUCCAUGGAGACAUGGCAUAUAAGUUUCUGAGCAGCCGACUUGUGCCAUCCUCCAACAGGCUUGCCCGAAGAUUUAUUUUCAUUUUUACCCUGUCGCUGUCAUUUACCUAUUUAUGCUAUAGCCUCAUUUUUUGCUCUGACACAAUCAUGCAGAGUCCAGGCUACGAGAGUCACAGGUGUAUCCUCUUACAGAAUGUCGGGAGCAAGAAACUUCUUCAGAGGUCUCAUUACUGCGCUCUGACCCUUGACUCCAAGGCGGUCAGCGAGACCAUGGAUAGAGCAACAGUGCCCUCAAGCCCGGGGCACAGCGCUCAAGGAUCCCUGCUAUUAAUCAGCACUAACCACACCAGGACAGGGCACUCGGGGGGGACAUCGGGUCAAGAUCAGCAUCGGAAGCCCAGCAGCAGUGCCGUUGGCAACAACACUGUGGUCACGGUUCCCAAGUUUGGAACCAAACACCUACCCCAUGCCAUUAUUGUUGGAGUGAAGAAAGGAGGUACCCGGGCAGUACUGGAGUUUAUUAGGGUUCACCCGGACGUCAGGGCAGUGGGUACAGAACCACAUUUCUUUGAUCGGAACUAUGACAAAGGUCUAGAGUGGUACAGAAGCCUGAUGCCCAGAACACUGGACAGCCAAAUUACAAUGGAAAAAACACCAAGCUACUUUGUUACUAAGGAAGCACCAAGACGUAUCUUCAACAUGUCAAGAAAUACCAAACUUAUUGUAGUAGUUAGGAAUCCAGUGACCCGUGCCAUCUCAGACUACACUCAGACAUUGUCCAAGAAGCCAGACAUCCCGACUUUUGAGGAUCUGGCUUUCAAGAACAAGAGCUUAAGUAUUGUUGACUGCUCAUGGAAUGCUAUUCGUAUUGGAAUGUAUGUCAUACAUCUGGAAAACUGGCUGCAGUAUUUUCCUAUUUCUCAAAUCCAUUUUGUCAGUGGUGAGAAGCUUAUCACAGAUCCAGCAGGUGAGAUGGCCAAAAUUCAGGACUUCCUUGGCAUUAAAAGGAUAAUUACUGACAAGCAUUUUUAUUUCAACAAAACAAAAGGGUUCCCUUGUUUGAAAAAGCCAGAAAGCAGUAGUUUACCUCGCUGUCUUGGAAAAUCAAAAGGAAGAACUCAUGUCCAGAUAGAUCAGGAUGUCAUAGACCAGUUACGAGAAUUUUAUAGACCAUACAAUAUUAAGUUUUAUGAAAUGGUUGGCCAUGACUUUAGGUGGGACUAACUGGCUAGUUAAAAAAAAGAAAAUAAAUCAGUUGUCAUGUUCUGAUUGUGGUGAACAGUAACAGAGACCUAAGCAAGAAGGCAAGAACUUUCUAGCCUUAAGCCUUAAAGCAAUGUAUUUUAUGGUGAAUAUUUAAACUAAUAAUUUUAUAUUUUAUUUAAAAAACUGUGUUUGUAAAAUGCCAUUUUCUUUUGUCAUUAAUGUGAAUUAGACACUGCUGACCUUCAUAAUAUGUUGUUGAAACGACUGUCAGCUGUGGACAUACAGCUAAUUCUGAUGACUAGUAUGGAUGAAUACAUGAGAAAAUAUAGCAGCAACCAGCAUUAAGGCAUACAGAUAAUAUCACCCUUUUCAUAUUUUCAGAGAAAUUUAUUGGUAAAAUCUGAAGUAAAGUCCAAGUCCAUAGCAUUGUAAAAAUUACAUGGUAACUGAAAAUUACAUAUCAGUGAAUUACUUUGAAAUCCAUUGGGAAAGAAUGGUUCUAGUCUCCAUUUGUUUAUGGUAGAAAGUUAAUAUUAAUGAUAGAAAACUCCCUUAAUAUCUCAUUUUUGUUCAAUUGAAGUUCUCCUUGUUUGUUUUCCUUUUCUGAGUGUGACAUUUGUUUCCAACGUGAAGCUUGUCUGCCUCAUUUUGUGCAUUUGUUUUACACAUGUAAGUAAACUUUCCUUUGAUGUUGCUAUUAUGAGAUUUCUCAUUGUGUAUUAUCCCAUACAGUCAGAUGAUAUUGACUAAUAUAUGUCAGUGACCAGAGAUUAAAAAUAAAAUGCUGGGUAUGAAUAAUUUUACAGGAAGACCUGAAUCUGGAUAUAGUGAAAAGAAGAAGAAUUUUAUUAUUGCUUCUGAAAAAUCUUUAAAUACAUAGACGGUGUAAGAAAAUAAUUGAAAAAAUAGAAAGGUACAUUAUUAACAAGGGAGAAAUUAUUUACUAUGCUGCUAUUUUAUUAUAUAAUGUAUUAAUUAUAUGUCCUGACUAUGUACUCACUGUACAGUUUUUGAUGUGUACUGCUGUAACCAAAUCUAUGGUUGUAAAUGAAAUAAAAUGGGUGCUUGAUGCUCACUGA